AUGCAGAAUAACAUGGAUCAAAGUAAUGUAGACCGAACACCAAGUGGUGGUAUUCAUAAUUUUGAAAUAAAUAUGCAAAGCCGAGAUAAUAGUUUAAAUGUCGGUAUCAACGUUCUUUCAGACAAUGAAAACAAUGAAAAUUCAAGCAGCCAAAGUAUUGAUAAUAAUUCAGCUGCCAUAACGGACGACUUACUUAAUAUUGAUGGUGAACUAAUGAGAAGACGA